AUGAUUGUGCAGGCAGGUCAAGCCGACUUCUCUUAUCAAGGGCGCAACUGGGAAGGCUUCCGCUUACAAUCUGCGAGAGGCAAUUCCUUCUUUGGACGCAAGCUGAUCUGGGCUGCGGGAGCUCGCGAUUGUUUCCCAGAGGAUGUGCCUGGAUUCGCUGCUUGCUGGCCGUCUCACAUCCAUGACUGUCUCUUCUGUGAUGGCCUGGAGCAGAUCCGAGAGCAGCCAACAGCGGCCGUGGCUGUGCUGGCAUAUCCAUGGAAGCCCAUCUACGGCUACUUGGCCAUGCAGGCGGCUUCGCUCCAGCCUGCUCGAGUCGUGAUUUUGACCAACGGCGAUGUACCUGAGCAAGAGCAGGAGGCUGUUGACAAGGCGCUGCGACUGGCCCGCGGCUUUGUGACGGUCGAUUUCACUGAUGGAUCUCACCACGAGUUUGUGUUUCUCAUGAACAAGCCCAAAACCAACAUCACGUCUCGAGAGCUCGUCGAGCAGCUGGGACUCGAGCUGGAGGAUAUGCCGCAUCUCGGAACACUAUCAAGCGUCGUGAGCCCUGCGGCGAGACAAACAUCCCCGGUGUCUACGUGA